CAAAAGUCCUAAUUAUGAUUAUGAUGAGUAAUUGUUGCCCACAAACUCUGACUACACAGUUAGGACCAUAGAUGUAGGACAGGAAGUCAUAAACAGGAACUCAUCACUGAGUGUGUGGGAGCUCUUCACCUUCUUUUGUACAUCUCCCACAUUGCUCUGCUGCUGAACCCAGAAUAGAUUCGCGCAUGCUCAGUGUCCAACGUCCAAACCCCGCCCCCUUAAUGUUAGCCUGCCUGUGAUUGGCUGCUCCCGGAGUGGGCGGAGCUCCUCUAAACUGCAGUUAAUCCGACAGGGAUUGAAGUAAACGGAGAGGAGAAAGAGGAGCAACGGAGAGGAAUGACGGAGUUUACUGAUUUAACUCCAGAAACACGGACUUUAGACGGUGUUGACACUCAGACAGGCGUUCAAAGAGAAUAAAAUAGAAGUUGUGCAAUAUGACUGACGAACUUUAGAGGUGAGUUUUUUGGGGACGCAGAGUUGACGGGGCACUCCGCCGAGGGCUCAACAUGGAUGUCCGGGGAGCAACGGUGCGGCUCUGAGGAGGAAUUAAGGCCGUUUCUGGGUUAUUUCUGGUCGAGAGUUGGAGUGACGGAGCUGAGGAGGAUUUUGAAGCAGCAGCCUAUUUAACCAGGUUAUAAAUUCAGGUCUGUGCAUUGUUUUGGCUAACAGCUAAGAUGCUGAAGCUGUGGAGGCGAGACGUGCCGCUCUCCGAGAGGCUGGGGGAGGACUCUCCUCUGGCCGCGGCGCCCGGCCCCCCGCCGACGGCGGCCCCGACGGGCCCGAACAUCUCAUGGCUCCCUGAGGCCCCGCUGCUGACUCCAGACCAGCCCAUCUUCCUCAUGACCCCCGCCGCACAGGCUGUGUCUGGCUUCUUCGUGUGGACCGCGCUCAUCCUCACCUGUCACCAGAUCUACAUGCACCUACGUUUCUACAGCAGGCCGAGGGAGCAGCGCCACAUCGUGCGGAUCCUCUUCAUCGUUCCUAUCUACGCCUUCGACUCCUGGCUCAGCCUGCUCUUCUUCACCAACGACCAGUACUACGUGUACUUUGACACGGUCAGGGACUGCUAUGAGGCAUUUGUGAUUUACAACUUCCUGAGUCUGUGCUAUGAAUACCUUGGAGGAGAGAGCGCCAUCAUGGCUGAGAUCAGAGGGAAACCCAUUGAGUCCAGCUGUAUGUACGGUACCUGCUGUCUGAGGGGGAAGGCCUACUCUAUCGGCUUCCUGCGCUUCUGUAAACAGGCCACUCUGCAGUUCUGCGUUGUCAAACCGCUCAUGGCCAUCAUCACCGUCAUCCUGCAGGCCUACGGCAAAUACAAGGACGGAGACUUCAAUGUUGCCGGGGGUUACUUGUACGUAACCAUUAUCUACAACAUCUCUGUGAGCCUGUCUCUCUACGCCCUCUUCCUCUUCUACUUCUCCACCAGGGAGCUGCUCAGCCCCUACAGCCCCAUGCUCAAGUUCCUCAUGGUCAAGUCUGUCAUCUUCCUCUCCUUCUGGCAGGGCAUGCUGCUGGCCAUCCUGGAGAAGUGUGGGGCCAUCCCUCAGAUUAACUCUGUGGGCGUGUCCGUGGGCGAGGGCACGGUCGCUGCUGGUUAUCAGAACUUCAUCGUCUGCAUAGAGAUGUUUUUCGCAGCCCUGGCUCUGCGCCACGCCUUCACAUACAACGUGUACAUGGACAAAAGUCUUGAUUCACAAGGACCUGUUCCUACCUAUGGAGAGUUUGGCCGAUGCGCCCCGAUGAAGAGCAUCUCCAGCAGCCUGAAGGAGACCAUGAACCCGGGGGACAUGGUCCAGGACGCCAUCCACAACUUCUCGCCAGCCUACCAGCAGUACACGCAGCAGUCCACGCUGGAGCAGGGGGCGCCGCCACCCGUCUCCCGCUCCCACAGCACCAUCAGCGGCCGCGGAGACACAGAGAAGACGCUCCUGCUGAGCUCCGACGACGAGUUCUAGAGCGGGAGGUCCAGCUGAAUGUCAUUCAGACUGUUUUAAUGGUACUCAGUCCUCCUGUGCAGCUCUCCAACGUGUGAACGAUCAGAAAUCCUCACAAAUGCGAGAAAGGAAACUUCCUGCAGUAACAUUUCUGCGCCCUCAUUUCCCCCAGCGGAACACUUUUAGCUGAUUCGGCAAGAAAACAAAAAGGGGUUGUGUUAGCUUUUGGAAAGUUUGUGAGUCACACUCAGUUACACACUGAAUCAUACUUGACUUUUGGAGUUUUCUGGCUUGUAUUGAAGCUUAAUUUCACAUUUCAGCUCAGUCAUGUGGCAAAGUAAUCGUCCUAAUGGAUGUUUUUUUUUUAUUUUUUAUUCUGGUUUGCAUUUGGAACCACCUGAUUCAUUGGCUCUGUUCAUCAAACCAUGAAAAUCCUUAAAAAGCUCAAUUUUAAUAUUUUUUUUUUCCAUGAUUGGAAAUAGAAAUAUCAUUUAAAAUUAAAAAAAAAAGUGUUGUACUUUUAAUUUUGUGAACUAAUAUUUAGAUAUUCAUUUGCAACAAUUUAACAAAUAAGAUCUGCAAAUACUUUAAAAAUGUGGUACAAAGUUAUAAAAAAAAAAGUGUGUAUAUAAUUUUUAAGUCAGCUGGAGAGACCCUGGUGUAUUGUGGGGAUUUUAAGGGAAAUCCUUCACUUCAGUGAUGGGAUUUAAAGGGAAACCAAGUUAAAAAUGUGCGUUAAUGUCUGCUGUAUGCUGCCCUACAAUGUCUAACUGCAGUAACUACUUUUUUGGUCGAAAUUGAGUUAUAACUAAAAAAAAAUAACUCCUUGAUGUCUGUUUUAUGUUGUGACAAAGUUUUAGAUUUCAAUUUUGCUUUAUUUCAGAUAAAUAAUGAUAUAAAAAACACAAAAUCCAACUCAAAACCAAGCACUUACCACAGUCUGCUUGUGAGUCUGAAAGUGAAAUAAAAUUAUAUUUAGACUAAAAUAUAACAUUACUUGAUAAUAUUAAGUCUAAAAUACACAAAUCUUUGAUUAGAGUUGUUACACAAAUUUAAAACAACACUGUGGUUACUGCACUCUGUUAACACAUUACUAUUAGAACACUGCAAAUUAUUUGUUUAUUACCAAAAUUAAAAAACCUUAUAUUUAGAACUGUUAGAUCAUUUAUCUUGUUUUAAGAGUUUAUUUCUUAUUUGAAGUGUUCAACAUGCUUAUUUCUAGAUUUAACAAUCUUAAUUCACUUGUCAAGUGAAAUUAUUAUUAUUAUCCAAGAUAAUUUCCCUCAGAUUUUGUGUUUUUAUCUUGUUUUUAGACACACCUUUUUUUUGCAGUGAACCUUUUACAGCAAUGCAAAACCAAAGUGCAGUCAUUUUUGGGGUCAAAUGUUAAAUAAAUCAGGAGUUUAAGAAAAAUAUUUUUUCUUGGAAAUUAGCAUUCAUAAGCAUCAAUAAAAGACAUAAGCUAUUCCACAUUUUUGUUUUUUAAAGGGUACAUUAGAACAAAGAACCACAAAAAAAGACAACCCCCAAAACAAAAAGAGAAAUAAAUACAAUACAAUAAAAAACAUAGUAUUAUAAUAAUAUAAUAUAAAGGGAGGCAAAAGAGCAGAGAAACAGAGACAUUAACAAUUAUACUAACAAUAGCAAUACAUAAAUAAACACAGGAUGCCGAGUGUGCU